AUGGGUACUGAUAUCGAGAACAUAAUGGCGAACCCGAUUGGUCAACCUAUGACCACGAUUAUUUUAAACAGCCUCGGUAAGAAGGGGACGCUAGUAGUUUGGUCUCUCAUAGUCUUUGUCCGUUGUAUGACAGCCUGUUCUCGUCAGGUCUUCGCAUUCUCUCGCGAUGGCGCCUUGCCCGGAUCGUCAUAUCUCUAUCGCAUCAACAAGCAUACGGGAACCCCUGUGAACUGCGUCUGCUUCGCCGCUUGCCUCGCCUCGCUUCUGGGUCUGCUCGUUUUCGCCGGAUCUAUCGCUACGUCGGCCCUCUUCAGCUUGAGUGUUACUGGGCAAUAUAUUGCAUACAUCAUCCCUAUCUCAAGCAGAUUCCUUGGCGGUGAGAAAUGGACUCCCGGACUGUUUAACCUGGGAGUCAUGGGCCGUCCGAUUGCAUACGUUGCCGUGCUAUGA